ACUUGACAUCAAAAUAUUGAUAAUGUCAUUAAGAUAUUUACAUUUUGAAGACUGCAAUUCUGGACAUAAAUUGUAUUGAUUUUGUACUUACGGGAAUAAGAUUAUUAUUAUAAUAAGUAGGUAGCUAAGAAAACGAUCGUUUUAGAACAUUUUAAGAAAACUUAAUUGAACAACAAGUGAAGUCUGUUAGUGAAAGGUGAAUAAAAUAAACAAAAUGUUUUGGAAAUUAAUAAUUGUAUUUUCUGUAUUUUUUGUGGAGACUCAGUUAUAUGAAGAUAAAAGAUGUCGUUGCAUUUGUCCUACUCCAACUUCAAUACUGAAUAGUACAAAAUCGGAAAGAACUCUUUAUAUUGCCUAUGUACCACCAAACAAAUGUAACUGUGAUGGAGUAAUUCUGCCAAAGGCAGCUGAUGAAAUACGAGAAAAUGCCCAGAUGUUUUGUCCACGAUGCGAUUGUAGGUAUGAGACUAGAAAUUCAACCAUAAUUAUGGUUGUAGUGAUACUUGUUGUGUGGAUGGUGAUGUUGCUACUAGGGUACUACAUAUUUUUAAUGCUGCUUGAAAUGCUUGUAUCAAAAAAAUCCCCUAACUCAUAUCAAAUACAAAGUACAUCUGAUGAAUUUGAAAAUUUACUGAUGCAGAGUGAGGAAACAGAAGACUAAGGUGCAAAAUAACAACAAACUUAUUUUCAUGAACAGUGUAUAAUCGAAAAACAUUUAUACAGUAAAUUAUUUAUGAAUGUGCAUAUAUUGUUAUAUUUUGUUGGAUAAUAAUCAAAUAAAUUCAUAUACUAAGUUAGUUUUAAUAAUAUAUUUAAAAGAUUACAUUUAAACCUAUUGGAACUGGAAAAUGAAAAUUAAGAGUCUUUCUGAAAGUGUCAGAGACAACCAAGAAACUACUAUAAGUUCAAAAUGGAAUUAAAAAAAAUAUAUAUCUAAUUAUAUUCGUUAGUAGCCUGUUGGUCAUGAGUACUACUGCUACUACUCUAUUGACUGGGUGCAACCCAAUGUAUAUGUAUAUAAACUUACUCUUACUUACUCCCUAUCUAAAUUACACGUGAGUAGAUCAUACAGAAGUGUUUGGAGGAUCUAAAUUAUACGUGAGUAGAUCAUACAGUAGUGUUUGGAGGAUCCCUAAGCAUAACUACAAUGUUUUACUUUUACUAAUAUUAUAUAUAUUUUUUUGGUAUUUUACUUUUUCUUUUACUCUUGAAGCAUAUUUAUUGUUUAUAAGUAAACAUUUUCCUACAAUAUUAUAUUUAAGAUAAAAGUUCAUUUUGAUGAUUUAUUUUAUUGCUUUUGAAUUUAUAUAUUUAACUAAUUUGUUAAAUGAUUGCAUGCUAUGAUCUAAAACACCCAUAUUCACAAACAAUAAUUAUUUCAGUGUAGAAACAAUGCAAUUAUUAACUAAGGAAAUUCUCAUUGCAUUGUUUUGUCAUUUACAAUCAAUACUCAAGUACUUUGCCAUGCAACGCACUGCUGAAUACCAUUCUGUCUAUAUUUGUUUGACAGUUGCAUGUAUUCAGCAAAUCUUAUAUAUUAAUAACAUACAACAUUUUUGUAUAACCUAAUUUGUAUUGUGUCUUUUUACAUUUUAAACAAUGUCUCAUUAUUAUAAUUUUCGUGAAUUCAUUGUAAAACGCUUUGCUGCUGUGUUUGUGACCUUAAAUGUACAGUCCUAAUAGUAUUGUUUGUGAAUAUAGGCCUUAAAUACAAUUUAAAUUGUGUGUA